AUGUACAAUCAUACUAAUUCGGUAUUCAAUAAUUCCUGCCUCAAAGUGCCCAGGAAUCCAAAAAGUGACCAACCGCUUCCUGCUUACGAACAAAAAUACCUAAAUCAAUUAGAAAAUCAAUUCAAGAAAUUAAACCUACAGCCUGAGGACCUCAACAUGAAAUCCAAGAGGGGUGAAGUGAACAAAGAAACGAUCAAAUCGUUCCUGGAAUUUUUUGGAAGUAUUCCUGAGUACGACGACAUUAAUCACUUGUCCAACAAAGAGUUCUACAAAAAAUUGGAGAACUUGAAAGAAAAGCAAAAGUUUUACCAGGAAUAUUUAAUGAAUGAAAUCAAAUUUGACUGUAAGGAUACAGAAUGGAUCGAGGAUUACAAGAACCUAAAACUCGGAGGCAAAGAUACAAAAAACAAAAAGAAGAAAACUAGCCUAAAACCUUUCUGUGCUACACCAGUGUUAAAUAAAUCCAACAAUCUAAAUAAGACUUUUGAUAUUGAAUCCAUAUUUUCAGAUAAAGAAGUGUUAAAUAAACCCCCAUCUAGGAGAUCAGUAAGAAUAGAAACCCCUAGCGACAAGUUAUCAACAAAUAUUACACCCGAACCAAACUUCAGGCCAAAAUCGAGGGCCAAUAUUUCGUCAGCUGGCUCAAAACGUGGUCCCAAUGACAUUGAUUGGGACGAUAUUAGCAUUGAAAAUUUAAAUCUGUAUUCGGAUAGGAACACGCCGUUGCCUUUGGAAACAAAAAGUGCACCGGCAAGUCCCGUCAAAACUAAAAAUACCAAUUGGAGCGAUGGAAUUACAAUACCUAAACCGUUUCAAAUGACUGUAAGAGACGAAGAAAAUAAAAUAGUUGACGAAUUAUUUAUCAAAGUGAAGAAGCCGAAAGACGAAAAACCAGAACAAUUCAAGGCCCAUGACAUCCCCAUCGAGUCACAAAUUCCUCUGUUCGAUAAACUAAUGGCAGACCAAGAAAGAAGGAGCUUUCUCAUAAAGGAGAGAAGAAAAGCAGCCCUCCAAGCUCAGAUGAAACCAUUUUCGUUCACAAAAAGGGAUGAAGAGAUACAGGAACUGACAAGAGAAAUUUCAAAAUCGUCUCCAAAUUUGUACCAGGAUCCACCGCUUAAAGUAAAAAAAUUUAAAGCUAAGCCGAUACCAAAAAAUCUGUUCAGCAAUUACAUUUACAAGAAAAUGCACGAGGACGAAUUUUACAGAGCUAUUCAGAAAAAAAUAAGAGCGGAAGAAAUGCUAAAAGCAGCUUCAUUGCCCCCUUCUAUGGCGAAGAGAGCGAAAACUAAGCCGAAAAUGGACGUCUGCCCUCGGUCAUUUCGAGAUUUAAAUAAGGAGGAAAAGUCGCCAAAGAAGCCCAAAAAUAUUCCAAAUUACAAAGCUUAUCAUGACCAAUUUGAAAAGCAGUUGGAGGAACUGAAAAAUGAGUUUAUAUCUACUAGUCCUAGGCCAUUUAAAUUAAAAACUUCAAAAAGAGGAAAAAGGCACUAUAGAAAUUCUUCCGCAAGCAGUAAGAGCUCUUCUACAAGGACGCCAUCUUCUCUAGAUUUCCAAUCACUUAAUAGGUCCAACUUGGCUGCUGUUUUGAGAAUACAAUCAGCAAGGCAACGGUUGGAAAUGGAUAUGAUGAAGAAGUUGGAGGAAGCCAAACUGAAGGAAGAAGCAAGGUGGAGGGAGAAACUGAUGAGAAAGAAACCAGUAUGGCAGGCAUUGGCGUACAGCCAUGAAGAAGAUUUAGCCAUGAGGCUGCAGCUGAGGAAGGACGAGGAAAGGUUACGAAAUGAAGAGCAUAGGAUGAGAAUGGAGAUGAUGUUGGGUAGAGUCAAUCAGCAACCAACAUUGUUUGAAAGACAAAGUCAGGUCAAAUUUCCCAAAACUAGAGAAGAGUUAAUUAAGGAAUUGCACAGGGAGUAUGGACCGACAAAGAAUAGAAAGAUGAGUAUAAGUGACUUAUCGCUGGUAGAAAUGAAAGAUGAAGCCAUUCAAGCAUUCAUCGACGAAAAUUUUACAAGGAAGUCAUCUGAUGACACUGAUGGGAGCAAAGAGAGCGAAAAUUCAAUUGAAGAAAAAGAGAAAUGCGACUGUUUUAGUGACGAAAAUGAUAAGUCUAACGAAUAA